CAUAUUGAACCUGCUAUGCAAUUUGUUCAUUCACAUGCCAAUCAAAUUGUUGCCGACGAGAGUAGGCUGUCCCGUGGCUUGGAAUCUCUGUUUAUGUUAUUUUGCGAAUUCCUGUUACUACUCAUAAAUACUUGGAUAUGCUGACAAUUGAUGGCGAUGCCUCCUGUGUGAUGAAUGAGUAUUCCGAGUAUCAUAACCUGGUUAGAUCGUCUUGUUAUCGCUGAGAUAUCGGAAGAUUGACGAUUGAUUAGUGUUGUCUGGUGAAGGUAAAAAUGGCAGCGUAUUCUUAAAACAUUUCUUACGAGUGCCUUUUAAAAACGAACAAAUUAUUUCAAAAGGGUCGUGGAACGGUGCUACCUGAUGUUUUUACUUGUAGUAUAGAAUGUUUGAAAAGUGGGAGAAAGGCAGUCGAUGAGAUGGACAGAUUCAGACGGAGCAGCGGUUAUGCUCUAUGAACGCCUGCCCUGGCCCAGUCAGGACUGGGUAAGUGUGUACACAGUGCAGGUAACAAAAAGCCUUCUUGUUACAAUUGUGUCCGAUUGCCCCCGAUCGCUUUGAACUCACAUAACCGUGUAUCGCUCGUCUCCCCAGACGGAGCAAUACCUGUUCUCCGUCGAAAUCGGCCAAAUCACCACAAUUAACCAAAGUGAGUUUGAAGGAAAGCAAUUCAAACCUACGUGAUUUGCAUUAACAGAAAACAAAAGAAGAGGUUCCAGUUGAUACCUCGUCUGAAAACCGUGUGUUGGUUCUGUCCUCCUGUGAUAUAUAUAGAUCCUCCUGUUUCUGUUGUGUUUCCGGUAAGGUUUCACAUUGCACUAGCUGAAAUAUGUAGACAGCUGUGCUUCCCCUUUAGUUCUCGCAAAUGAAAAUGGAGGAUAUGUCUCUGUCUGGCCUGGACAACACCAAGCUGGAGGCCUUAGCUCAUGACAUAUACUCUGAGCUGGUGGAGGACGCCUGCUGGGGCCUGUGUUUUGAGGUGCACCGGGCCGUCAAGCAAGGUUACUUCUUCCUGGACGAGACGGAUCAAGAAAGCAUGAAAGACUUUGAAAUCGUGGACCAGCCCGGGGUGGACAUAUUCGGGCAGGUGUACAACCAGUGGAAGAACAAGGAGUGCGUGUGUCCCAACUGCAGCCGCAGCAUCGCGGCCUCGCGCUUCGCCCCUCACCUGGAGAAGUGCCUGGGCAUGGGCCGCAACAGCAGCCGCAUCGCUAACCGCAGGAUAGCCAGCAGCAACAAUAUGAGCAAGUCGGAGAGCGACCAGGAGGACAACGAUGACAUCAACGAUAACGACUGGUCAUACGGGGCGGAAAAGAAAGCUAAGAAGAGAAAGUCAGACAAGAAUCCAAAUUCGCCCAGAAGAUCGAAAUCUUUGAAGCAUAAAAACGGAGAGCACAGUAGUGGCGUCACCUCCGAUCCUUACAAGUACAACUAUAACUCUGGCAUCAGCUACGAAACCUUGGGCCCAGAAGAGCUGAGGUCGCUGUUGACAACGCAAUGCGGGGUUGUGUCAGAACAUACGAAGAAGAUGUGUACACGCAGGUCACUGCGGUGUCCCCAGCACACGGACGAACAGAGGAGGACCGUCCGGGUGUUCCUCUCGGGGCCGUCCGCGUCAACACUACCUGACCCAGACGCAGUGGCGGAGAGCGAGGGCUUCGAUGCCUCAGAUGGGCAGUCUCUGAUUGGCCGGCUGCAGUGGGACGGGUCGGACAUCUCUCCCUCUGACUCCGCCUCCUCAAAAGCAAGCACUAAUAACUCAGACUCCAAGAGGCCCAAGAAGAAGAAGAAGCCAUCACUAGGCCUGGGCAGUGGCGGGGGAGGAGGGGGCGGGGCCAGCAGCGGAGGAGGCGGGGCCAGCGGCAGCUCGCAGGGAAGCCUGAGCCUGUCCAAUCGCAAGAAGAAGCCCAAGCUGCCGGCUCCUCCCACCCCCAGCAUCUACGACGACCUGAACUAGCAGGCGUGCGUUCCUCCUGCCUGCCAACCCUGCCCCUCCCCCCGCACCGGUCCCCUGUCGCACAUCGACCAGGCGGGGCCGCACCCUUCUUGUGUGGUGGUCACCCCCAUUCUGGAGAUGAGUCUCCAUUUUUAUCACAGUCUGCUGGCUCCCAGCUUGCGCCCUACAGACAUCGCACCACACGGCUUGGAGCCUCACCACACAGCCAGAAGAACAGGCACUGGGGUGGGGGGGAAUGGCGUCCUAUCGCCAUCGACCCGGCCCGCCCAGACCGGCAAGAGUGUACUGGGAUCUGGACAGUGAGUGUGCAAAUAGAUAUAUUCUGCACAGCCAGUGUGCUAAUGCCGGUGCAUCAAUGAGCAUUCAUCCACACUUUCAGAGCAGGGUCUGUCCGUGCUUUGCGUUUGUAUACACAUGGUGUGCGUCUCCUAUCUUGUGAUGUUACCCUACCCAGUCAGUCAAAAAAAUCCAUUGAAUAUUCAGUGGAACUGAGCUGGGGUUAACUUUGUACAUUUGAUCCUGAAAAUUCAGACAGUAGGCACUUCUCUUUCCGAUCACAUGACCUUAGUCACAGGACCAACCGGCUGUUUUCGCUCCUUUCGAAGCCGGAGAUUUCACCGCGUGUCAUUGCGUACGUGCGCGUGUCUCCGUGUGUGAGAGCUUGGGUGGGAUCUAUAUUUACAGCUCACGUACGUGGGCGUAUUUGUGCGCAGUGAGGAAGUGUCGAUUGGCCGCGCGUGUGACGGGUGAGGCCGUGUGCUAGUACUGCUGCAUGAGUGCUUGUGAUGUGCUGUUCUGUGGCUCAGGCGAAUGUUAUAGCGUGCCACCGGCCUUGCGUGAUGUCACGGAACUAUGGAGCUGCACAGUCACCUUUGCUUCCUACUGCAAGAUUAAUGCUACAAACCGUCUGUAACGAGGCAACAAGUUCACACGAGCCGCACGUUAAGAGCUUCUCCAUGCGCGAAAGGACCAGUGUUCGCGUGCGGAAGGUGCUGGAAUUGGAAUGCUGUACACCUUUGGCGCCGUACCUCAAGAAGCUUUAUUUGGCGAGUAGGCCAGAGUAAGUUCUUGACGGAAUCACCACCUGGACUUUCACGUUCACGAAGAAGGAAGAAGAUGGCUCCAGGCUUUGUUCACUCUUUCUGCUGGUGUGGGCGCAGUGUCGCGAGUUUGCGUGUUCAAAUGUGCUCCGCGUUUGGAGUGGGGGAAUGUGGAGAAAUCCGAAAACCCAUGAGGAAUGGGAAUGUGACAGUAUGUAUGGCAUGUCAAGGGAUAUAUUUGAAUGAUAGGAUGAUGGAGGAAGCUUGAGUAAUCUGUAUGUGUGUGCCCUUGUAGGUGAGAGUAUGUGUCUGUGUGUUUGUAUAUAAGACAGUAUGUCUGUUUGUGUGUGUGUGUACAGCUCACUAUAAUGUCUAGAGUUUCCUUCACUUCACAGUGGUCUCGGUCAGUACAGGGGUGCUGGUAAUAAUAGGAAAAAGACCCCCCAAAAGAGAAGAGAUAUAUUUUUUCAUGCUCAUGCAUCUGUGUGCAUGCAUUUAUUGUAUAUGAAUUAUCAUGAUGUACAGAAAUGUUUUUUUGUUGUCUCAACAUGUAAAGUACUGUGGCUGCCUUUUUGACUGAAUAAAUUCAAGUGGCAUUUAGA